UCACAUCCACAUUGCUUCAUAAAAACAGCUAAAUAAACUUUCGGUUGGAUAUAUUUAGUUUCAAAAUUACAAAAUCUCUUCAAAUUAAUUUUGUAUAGAACUUCUUGCCUGCAAUAACAUUUUGGUCUUUCAUCAGAAAUUUCGUGCGUGUCAAAGUUAAUAUGAAGCCAGGAAUAAAAAUAAUAUAUAACACGAUACUGAUAUGCGUUAUUAUUCCAAUAGCAUUGUCAAGAGAUUAUUACGAAAUAAGUAGACCUAUCGUUAGAGUGCAGCAGGGUCAAUUGCAAGGAGUUAAAGAAAAAACUGUCGAUGGAAAUAAUUAUUUUUACGCGUUUCGUGGGAUUCCGUAUGCUAAACCACCCGUUGGAAAUCUAAGAUUCAAGGAACCCGAACCAGUAGAAGCGUGGCCUGGUGUAAAAGUCGCAGAGGAUUUUGGUAACGUUUGUCCACAAAAGUACACUUACACACAAGAAAUAGUAGGAAGUGAGGAUUGUCUAUAUUUGAAUGUCUAUACGACUAAUUUGGACCCGUGUGAAUUAAAAACUGUUAUGUUCUGGAUACACACGGGAGGUUUUUCUUUUGGUUCCGGAAAUGAUGACCGGUCAGGUCCUGAUUAUCUUGUUCAGAAAGAUAUUGUUCUAGUAACGAUAAAUUACCGUCUCAAUAUAUUCGGUUUUCUUAAUUUGGACGAUGAAGAGGCGGCUGGUAACCAGGGAUUGAAAGAUCAAGUAAUGGCUUUAAAAUGGGUACGGCAGAAUAUUGAUAAAUUUGGUGGUGAUCCCAAUCGUGUUACAAUUUUUGGUGAAAGUGCUGGAGCUGCUUCGGUUCAUUAUUUGACUCUGUCUCCUCUAGCUCAAGGAUUAUUUGAUAAAGCCAUUCUACAAAGUGGGGUGGCGACGAAUCCAUGGGCAAGGCAAUCACAUUCCAUGAAAUUACCAACCGAAGAAGUUGUAAAGGAAUUGGGCAAAUCAAUUAGUGACCCGAAAAAACUAAUAGAAUAUUUGCGAAGCGUCGACGCCCACAGUGUAAUCCAGGCAAUAGAAGCAUCAAAUAGUCAACAGAAUAAUUACGUUCGGAGAAAUGAGUUUGUACCAUCAGUUGAUUCAAAAUCAAAGAAUCCUUUUUUAAAUAUUUCGAUCAUUGAAGCCGUUAAGUAUGGAAUCAAAGUACCUCAUAUCAUUGGUUUUACUGGUAAUGAGUCUCUCAUUAUUAUUGCAGAACUAAAAGACGAAGACUAUACCGACAUAGAAGCUAAUCAAGACACACAGCUUAUCCAGCCAAAUGAAAGGCAAUUCUUACAAGAGCGAAAUGUAUCUGUGGGUGAUGUAAAGAAAUUUUUUAUGGGUGACAACGAAAUUAGCCGAGAAAAUGCUCGACAAUUUGUAGAAUUAGUAAGCGCUGAAAGUUUUACAAUUAAUAUCCAUGAUGUGGUAGAAAUUCAAUCUUCGCUACCUGAUAUUCCGACAUAUUUUUAUAAGUUCGAUCACUACUCGAAAGAAACUGCAGUGGUCCAAAAAUUGGUGGAUACAGAUUUAGAAGGUACGUCGCUCACUGAAGAUUUAUACUAUCUAUUCAAUGCAAAACUUUUGGACAGCCGCGGCAUUACACGACCGGCAUAUUAUCCCAUCGAGCGCAUCAUUCAAAGGAGAUUCUUAGAAUUAUGGACUAAUUUUGCUAAGACUGGAAAUCCAAAUUGUGGAGCAUCAGAAUUGAUCCCUAUUGAAUGGCUGCCUGUUGAUAGUUCUGAUAAUUACAACUGUUUGGAAAUAUCUGAGAACCUUCGUCUCAUUAAACAACCAAACAUCUUGCAUCAGAUAGAAAAGUUUGCACAAAAUAACAAUUAACUAAUGUUAUCAGAAUACAUGAAACAGUAGAUCGCCUGAUAAAGACAUUAUCAAAAUAGUCUGUUGUAUAUUCUAAUAAAUCUAUGUCUCAAUUUAUAUGAAUAAAAGA